GGGUCGGGCCAAGAUCCCGCCGGGGCGGAGUCGGUAGCCCGGAGCGGCAACUUAGAGGCGGAGGCGCGCACAGCUAUGGGCCGGGGGUCUAAGCGCGUUCAAGGGUCCUGGGCUCUGCUGCUCCUGCUGCUGCAGCUGCCUUGGCCGGUGGAGCCCUUUCAAGGAAACACCCCUGGAGAGCCAGCCACCCCUCGCUGGGUCCUGGAUGGACGACCUUCGAGCAUGGUCCCCCUGGAGCUGGUCUCAAAGCUCAACACGGGGCUGGUGGCCGUGGAGGCCGAAGGCCAGCAGCUCCUGCUUGAACUGGAGAAGAACCACAGGCUGCUGGCCCCGGGGUACACAGAGACCCACUACAGCUCGGAUGGGCAGCCAGUGGUGCUGGCCCCCGGCCACACGGAUCAUUGUUACUACCACGGGCGUGUGAGGGGCUUCCCCGACUCCAGGGUAGUCCUCAGCAUCUGCUCGGGCAUGAGUGGACUGAUCUCACUCAGCCGCAAUGACAGCUAUUACCUGCGUCCCUGGCCAGCUGGAAACUCCACGGGCUUCUCCACCCACAAGAUCUUCCGAACACAGCAGCUGUUCAGCUGGAAAGGGGCCUGUGGCCACAGGCAUCCCGGGGACCAAGAGGACAGAGCCAGCCUUUCUCAUGCCGCCCACGUCAGGGAGAGGCGAGAGGCCCGCAGAAGCCUGAGGUACCUGGAGCUGUACAUAGUGGCUGACCACACCCUGUUCUUGACCCAGCACCGCAAUCUGAGCCGCACCAAACAGCGUCUUCUGGAGGUGGCCAACUAUGUGGAUCAGAUUCUUAGGACUCUGGACAUUCAAGUAGCCCUGACUGGCCUGGAAGUGUGGACACAGCAGGAUCGGAGCCGAGUCUCACCGGACGCAAACGACACGCUCUGGGCUUUCUUGCAGUGGCGCCAGGGGCUGUGGGUGCGGCGGCCACACGACUCUGCACAGCUGCUCACGGGCCGAGGCUUCGAGGGCGCCACUGUGGGCCUGGCACCCGUGGAGGGCAUGUGCCGCCUGGAGAGCUCUGGAGGCGUCAGCAUGGACCACUCCGAGCUCCCCCUUGGCGCUGCUGCCACCAUGGCCCACGAGAUAGGCCACAGUCUCGGCCUCAGCCACGACCCAGACGGCUGCUGCUCAGAGGCCCACGCGGAGCAGGGGGGCUGCGUCAUGGCUGCAGCCACUGGGCACCCCUUCCCGCGCGUGUUCAGCGCCUGCAGCCGCCGCCAGCUGCGCGCCUUCUUCCGCAAGGGGGGCGGCGCGUGCCUGGCCAACGCGCCCGAGUCGGGGCUGCUCCAGCGGCCCGCGCGCUGCGGCAACGGCUUCCUGGAGGAGGGAGAGCAGUGUGACUGCGGCGCCGGCCAGCAGUGCCCGGACCGCUGUUGCUUCGCCCAUAACUGCUCGCUGCGUGCGGGGGUUCAGUGCACCCACGGGGACUGCUGCGCGCGCUGCCUGCUGAAACCCGCGGGCGCACCGUGCCGCCUAGCAGCGGGAGACUGCGACCUCCCUGAGUUCUGCACGGGCACGUCCCCCUUUUGUCCCCCGGAUAUUCAUCUGCUGGAUGGCUCUCCUUGUGCCAGCGGCCGAGGCUACUGCUGGGAUGGCGCCUGUCCCACCCUGGAGCAGCAGUGCCAGCAGCUCUGGGGGCCUGGCUCCCACCCAGCUCCGGAGGCCUGUUUCCAGGCGGUGAAUUCUGCUGGAGAUGCCCGGGGGAACUGCGGCCAGGACAGCAAGGGUGGCUUCGUGCCUUGUGCGCAGAGAGAUGCGUGGUGUGGGAAGCUGCAGUGCCAGGGCGGCGAGCAGAGCCCGCUUCCGCCGUACACGGUGGCACUGGACUCCACCGUCAGCCUCGGCAGCCUGGAGGUGACCUGCAGGGGAGCCACGGUGCUGCACGGUGCCCAGCUGGACCUGCCUGACUUGGGCGUGGUAGAGCCCGGCACCCAGUGUGGACCUAGAAUGGUGUGUCAGGAGAGGCGCUGUCGGAACACCAGCUUCCCGGAGCUGGAGCACUGCCUGCCUGCCUGUCAUGGCCACGGGGUCUGCAACAGUAACCUUAACUGCCACUGUGCUCCCGGCUGGGCGCCACCCUCCUGUGACAAGCCAGGGUUCGGUGGCAGUGUGGACAGCGGCCCCAUGCAGCCUGAGAACGGCGACACCUUCCUGCUGGCUGUGAUCCUCAGUUUCCUGCUGCCUCUGCUGCCCGGGCUUGGCCUGGCCUGGUGCUGCUGCCGGCAACCAGGGUCCCAGCCCCAGCAAUGCCUGUGGGGCUCAAGGAGGGCCCCUGCGUGCAGUGGGUCCAAAGAUGACCCAUGCAGGGAGCACCCCCAAGGCUGCAUUCACUCCAUGGAGUUGAGCCCCAUCAUUGCUGGAGAGCCGUGGCCGCUGGAACCCAGGCACCACCUUGAGAUGCCCAUGUCCUGCAGCCCUGCCUGCACACCCAAGCAGGUCAAGAAGCCCAAGAUCCCGUCUCUGGAGAAAGGUGGCUCCUCAGAUGAGGAGACUUAAAGACAGGAGGCGACUGACAGUCACUCCUAGAACUUGAACCUCCAGGGGUCAAACCAGCUGACCUCCUGUGCCUUCAGGUGGUGUGCAAGUUUUUCCCUGAACUGAGCUUUGUCCACCCACUCCAGGACCACAGGGCCUCAUCAGAAUUUGCACAAUACCAUCCUGUCUCUCAGGGUGAUCCUGCUAGGGUACGCCCUCCAGCCCCAAAUCCCUCAGUAAGGAGCAAAGGUCAUGUAGUCACUGAUCACCAGGGGAGGUUGGUCAUGCUGGAGAGUCCUGUCCGGGGAGCCAGGGCAUCGCCGCCAUGUGCUGUUUACCCAGACCCAGCUCUGCCAAGGGCAGCGAGGCUGAGCCAGAACCCUGGGUUCCAGGGGACCUUCCUUUCUAUCUCUUCCUGCCCUUGUCUACUUCCUCAGCAUCAUCCCCAUUCCUUGCCCUCCACCUGAGGUUUGUGGAGAAGUGUGGUGUCUGCUGCAGCCCCCUUGCUCUGCACUCAACCUCCCUCCAUUCUAUGGGAGGGGAAAGAGGGCGCCAUUUUAGAAAGGACACUAAAAUGAAAAUCAGAAGACAGACAUGUUGGUCUUGAGUCUCUAUGAGUUUUUUCUGCCUAUAAAUUCAACCCUGUGGGGAUCCCUGACGGUCACAAGUGGGGGCUGGUGGGUGGAGCCCCACUGCCAGCUGGGUCCCCAGUAUACCAUGCGGAGGUGGCAUCGCCUAGCUUGAAUGAUUCACAUGUGCUACCUCUCCUGUGUCCCUUGGACCUUCUAGAAGCUUCUUACUCUCUCCCUCUACUUCUCCCAAGCCCUGCAAGUGUUGCUGAGUGACCUUUAGCAUCAGCGCACUGUUCCUUCCUAAGGAAAACAACCCUAGAUUUAGUACCUUCAAACAACUACUUGUGGGAAUUGGCAAAGUAGGCUGAACUCAGCUGAUGGUUCCAUUGGCCUCAGCUCUGUUCACCUGUGUUUGCCCCUUUGCCACGAGCUAGGGGUCGGCUGGGCAGAGCUGCGCCUGGGCUCGGCUGGUCAUUGGCUGGGAUCGUGGGGACAGACGGGCCGUGUGCCGCAUUUCCACCAGGCUAGCCCAGGCUGCUUCACAUGGCAGCUGGGGAGGGUGCUAAGAGAGCAAGAUUAGGGGGAGGUGAGUGAGGCAUUUACCUAGGACACAAAAAUAAUCAAGGUAAGUAAUAUUCUAAUGGAAUAUUUUAGAAGAUUAAAAUUAAGGCAAAAAAUCCAUGAUGAACAAAAUUUCAAAAUGUUACCUUAAAGCCAGGAUCCCUAACAGAGCCAUGCCAAGUCACGUGAGCCUGAUGCGAAAGGAAAAAUCAGUAACUGUGACCUGGGCAGGCCUCGUUCAGCUCAGCCUGUAAGGGACUAAAAGCAGGAGCUUGAAGGCCUCUUGAGAGCCCAUUAGCGGAAGGUUUUACUUAUGUAACACUCCACUGGGCCAAACAGUCACAGGGCCAGUCCAGCUUCCCAGGAUUUGGUGAAAAAACUCCAGCUCUUGACGGGAGGAGCGGCAGAAUCCUAUUUCAGACAGUGAAGGAUCGGGGGGAUUUUGCAGUUGACCACAGUGGCAGUAGGGGAGGCAUACUUGAAUUUCAUGUGGCCAGCAUUCCCUGAUGCCAACGUCAGGUAAGGAUUAUAACAAGAAAGCUUCAGGUCAGUAUCCCUGGUAAAUGUAGAUGUAAAGAUUCUCAAAAUAUUAGCAAACUGAAUUCAACAGCAAAUGAAAGGACCAUGCAUGAUAUCAAGUGGGAGUUAUUCCUGAGAUGCAAGGAUGGUUCCGCCUAUGCUAAUCAAUAAUGGGACAUAAUAGAAUAAAAUAUAAGUAUCAUGAUUAUCUCAAUAGGUAUAGGAAAAUCAUAUAAUAACAUACAAUGUCCCUUCAUGGUAAAAACACUCAACAAAUUGGGUAUAAAGUGAGCACACCUCCACAUAAUAAAGGCUCUAUAUGAUAAACCCACAGUGAACAUCAUUCAAUGACGAAAGGCUGACGAGGGAUGCCCACACCAACAUUGUCCUCAAGUCCUAGACAGAGCGAGCAAGAAAAAAAUAAAAGACAUCCAAAUCAGAAAGGGAGAAGUAAAGCUGUCUUUGUUUGCAGAUGAUACAAACUUAUAUAUAGAAAAUCCUAAAGACAACACCAAAAAACAAUUGCCUCAUUGCUUAGCAGUAAGUUUAAGGAGGUGAAAGAUUUGCUCUGAAAAAUGACAAGAGAGAAGAAAUCAAACAAGUGGGAAGAAACACCAUGUUCAUGGGUUGGUAGAAUUAAUAGCAAAAUGUCCACAGCAUCUAUAGCCACCUUUGGAUUCGAUGUAAUCCCUAUCAAGAUUCCAGUGGCACUUUUCACUGAAAUAGAAAAAUCAAUUUAAAAAUCUGUAUGGAAUCCCAAGAGACCCAGAAUAGCGAAAGCAACCCCAAAUGAAGAGUAUAAGGGAAUGCCAACAUUUUUGUUUGGAAUUUUUCUGCAAUUCUUAAAUUAGCUACUAAAAUGUUUAAGGCAAUUGUAAAAAAAAAAAUAAAAAAGGAAUAGGGUUUCAAACAAUAUUAUGUUUAGCAUGGGAGAGACAAGGUCUCUG